AUGACUUUGUUACUUGUGCCAUUUAUGACAUUAAUAUAUGCAAAAACGUUCCACCAGUAUUAUGACACCAACAGUACUGUGUUUUCAUCAACCGACAUCCCACUAUUUUCAGGACUUGUCCCACCAUCUAAAACACUGGAAGCCACACUUACCAAAAUGACGACUGUCAAAGUUUCUUUGUCCAAACUCGACGAGUUGCUGAACACAAGCACUAACUUCUAUUCGACCAAGCUCAAAGAGAUUCCACAACACUUGUCGUAUUGCGGGAAAUAUGUGAAGAACAACGACAAUGGCGGUGGUGAUUUGUGUAUCAAACAGACGAUGAGCCAAGGGUCCUGUGGGUGUUGUUACGCCAUGGCCAUUGCUCAGAUAUUACAAGCACAUUACACCCAUCUUACGGGAACUAAGAAGGUAUUCAGCACACAGCAUAUCGUCGAUUGUUCAAUCAACAAUGCUUGCAAUGGUGGUUGGCCGUCUGUUGUCCUUAACUCACUCAAUUACUUUGUGACUGAAAUAGCGUACCCUUUCAAACUCCUCAACAAAGUCGGCACCGAGAAAAACAGUUAUAAAGGUACAUGUGUUCGUGGAAAGCAGACCCUUCUCGAACUCCAGAACUUCACUUCUUUCUACGGAAAAUUGACUUUCGAUGAUUUCAAAUAUUUGUUGAUCAAACACGGCCCGUUAAUCGGUCUGAUCCACACAACAGACCAAUUUAGAAGCUACAGUGGAGGAAUUCUUCACAUGAAAUGUGGUACCGUCUCGAGUUUAACACAUGUGAUAGACAUAGUCGGCUAUGGUUCCGAAAAGGGUGAAGACUACAUUAUCAUCAGAAAUUCGUGGGGGAACAGUUGGGGAGAGAAGGGGUAUGGCAGACUUUCGACCGACGACUUGUGUGGUUUAGACGGCAAUCUCUCUUCUGCCACUUCAACGGUGAUUUCUGUCUCUGUUUCUCUUUCGUCUUCCGUCUAUGGCAACUACACAUUUGACAACUCGACAAAGUAG